GUUAUAAAAUCAAAAAUAACUGUCGCAGUCAGUGCGGUAAUGUCGAAGACGAACGACGGUUCGACGGGGUGCCGAUACUGGCGCACAGUGAUGCCGAGGCCGAGUGUAUUUUUUCUUCUUCUUCUCGGUGUCUUGGUGAUUAUAUCUAACGGAAGUUACGGCGUACACGGAGCUAAGAAUGUGCGCCAGGACGAACCUAGUGUUACGCGCAGUGGAAAGACUUCUUCAUCACCAACAGGAUCAUCAUCAUCAUCAUCAUCACCAGGACAUCAUCAAAAAGAAGCUGAACCGGUGAUAGAAGAGGUUACUACUAAACAGCUCGAACGUCUUCUUCAAGAGAAGGACUUUGUUGCUGUUUACUGGUAUGCAAGAAGUUGCGUUACGUGUGAUAAAGUUUUAGCUGAACUCGAAAAAAUAGACGAUGAUACCGACACAUUUGGAGUUGAUUUUGUAAAAAUUAAUGAUAAACGACUAGCUAAACAAUAUGGGAUCAAGAAUUUUCCAGCACUUACAUACUUCCGGGAAAAAGAACCAAUUAUUUAUGAGGGUGACCUGAUGGACGAAGAAGGUGUCUUAGAUUUCCUCACAAGUCUUGAAGCUAUGGAUUUGCCUGAUCGAAUUGAGGAAGUUAAUGCAAAAAUUCUCAGUAAAAUUGUUGAAGACACGGAAUUUGUAGCCGUAUUGUUUUGUCCAGAUUCGGAGCGGUGUGCUGGUGCUAGUUCUAACAAGCCAGACUGCAAAAAAUGUGCAAAAGCUCUAAUGGAAUUAGAGAAUAUCGAUGAUGAAGCUGAUCAGUUGGGUAUUGGUUUCGUUAAAAUUGCUGAUGAAGAACUUGCGGAGGAGUAUAAUUUGGGGCCGUUGCCGAAAUUAGUUUACUACCGUCAUCAGAUACCCAUUAUUUAUGAACACGAACUAAGCAAAGAAGAAGAUGUUUUAGAAUGGUUAGUAUCAAACAAGAGUACUGGUGACGAAGAAGAUGUAAUUGAAGACGUAACUGCUAAAACUCUCAAUACUUUGAUUGGAAAUAUGGACAAUCUUGUUGUUCUUUUCUAUGAUCAUGGGGAUGACGAUUCAAUGCAAGUGCUUGCAGAACUAGAAAAAAUAGAUGAUGAUUUAGAUAAACAUGGAAUUCAAUUUGUUAAAAUAGACGAUGUUAAAGCGGCUAAAGAUUUCGGAAUUGAUUCUGUUCCAGCAAUUGUUUAUUUUGAAAAACAAAUUCCAAAUGUUUAUGAUGGCGAUGUUGAGAAUGAAGAUGAAAUACUUGAGUGGUUGUUGUCUCAAUUAGAAAAAGAUGAAAUCGAAGAUGUUACCGAUGAAAUGCUUGAUCGUUUGGUAAAAGAAGGAAAGACUAUUGCUGUACUGUUUUACGACAAUAACGACCGUAAAUCUCAAAGAGUUUUAAAUGAAUUAGAAAAUAUUGAUGAUGAGUGUGAUCAACUUGGCGUUGUUUUUGUAAAAAUUGACAACGCUGAAGAAGCUAAAGAGUACGGAAUCGAUAAAAUGCCAGCGUUGAUUUACUUUGAGAAAGGUAUUCCAACUAUAUAUGAGGGUAAUCUUGAAGACGAGCAAAAAGUUCUAAAAUGGCUAGAUGAUCAACAAGCGUCCGAUCAAAUUGAAGACAUUACUGAUGAAAUGCUUGAUAUGGUCAUUGAAAAAAUGCCACAUGUUGCUGUUUUAUUUUAUGACAAAGAUCAGAAGAAAAGUCAAAAAGUAUUAGCUGAAUUGGAGAACAUUGACGAUGAUUGUGAUCAGCACGACAUUGCAUUUGUUAAAAUAGAUGACGACGAAGAAGCUAAAGAGUAUGGUCUUGACAACCUCCCUGUUCUUGUUCUAUUCGAGAAAGGAAUACCGCAUAUCUAUGACGGUGACCUGAUGAACGAAGAUCAACUUCUUGGCUGGCUACUGCACCAAAAAAAACACCGUGAAAUUCCCGAAGUGACUGAUGAAAUGAUGGAGAAGCUGAUUGAGAAACAACCCUUCCUCGCCGUAUUAUUUUAUGAAAAAGACGACAAGCAGAACAUAAGGAUUUUAAAUGAACUGGAGAAUAUCGAUGACGAUCUCGAAAAAGAAGAUAUCGUUAUGAUUCGUAUUGACAAUGCAGCCGAAGCCAAAGACUAUGGUAUCGAUCAUCUUCCCACUUUGGUAUAUUUCGAAGACAAAAUUCCUGCCAUCUACGAAGGUGAUCUACUCAAUGAAGAUGAGGUGCUUCAAUGGUUAGUCGAGCAAAAAAAAACUGCCACUAUCGAAGAAGUUACUGAUGAAAUCCUGUCUGGGCUCAUAGAUGAACAUGAAUACGUCGUUGUUUAUUUCACUGGUAAUUGCGAUGAAGGUGAUGAAUGUGAAACUGUUUUAAAAGAAUUAGAAAACAUUGAUGAUGAACUCGAUGAAACAGGCAUCAUUUUUGUGACAACUGAAGAUACAGGAAUAGCUAAAAAACAUAAUAUUAAAAAAUUACCAGCAUUAGCUUUCUUCAGAAAUAAAGAACCAUUAAUUUAUGAAGGUGAUGUUGAAGAUGAAGAUGAAGUACUUUCGUGGCUUACUGAUGAAAAUACACUUGAGAUACCUGGUAAAAUAGAAGAAGUCAAUAUUAAAAUGUUGGAAAAUAUUCUCGAAGAAAAUGAUCACGUUGUUGUCUUCUUUUAUAAAGAGGGUGACAAAAAAAGUCAGAAAAUUCUCCAAGAGCUUGAAAAUAUUGAUGACGAAUGCGAAGAAGAAGAUAUUGAUUUUGUUAAAAUUUCUGAUGAUAAUAUCGAAAAAGAAUACGAUCUUCCUGGAUUACCAGCACUUGCUUUUUAUCGUCAUAAAUUCCGGCAAAUUUACACUGGAGAUAUGAUGCAUGAAGAGUCUAUUCUUGAAUGGAUUUUACAACUUCGUCAUUCUACACCAGAUGUUAUUGAAAGUGUUGAUCGUAAAACACUCCAAGUUUUAAUCAAUGAUGUUGAGCAUCUAGCAGUCUUAUUUUAUGAUGAUGACGAAAAAAAAUGUAGUACGUGUCAUCAAAUAUUAGAAGAACUUGAGACAAUUGACGAUGAUACUGAUAAAUAUGGAAUUCAAUUUGUCAAAUCAAAAGACGCUAAAUUAGCUGCUGAAAUUGGAAUUUUCUCAUUUCCUGCUCUUGUUUAUUACGAAACUGGAGUUCCUAUUAUGUAUGACGGUAAUAUUUUGGAUGAAUCGGAAGUGUUAGAGUGGAUGGUAAAGCAAAGAAAUGACGCAAGUAUUGAAAAAAUAGAUCGUGAACAAUUGACGAAAUAUAUUGAAACCAAAGAAUUUUUAGCGGUUGUAUUUUAUAAAGAAGAAGACCCUGAGAGUCCUCGUGUAUUGAGACACAUUGAACUGAUAGAUGACGAAGCUUCUGAGUAUGGAAUAAAAAUAGUUCAAAUGGGUGAUCGUUUGAUGGCUAAGAAAUAUGGAUACAGAAACCCUCCUGGUAUUACUUACUUUCGCAAAGGAAAGUACAUUAAUUACGAUGGGGAUAUUGACGAUGAAGAAGAAAUACUUGAUUGGUUGACAAAUCCAGAGAACAUGGAACUAACGGAUCAUAUCGAACGAAUAAAUAAAAAAAUGUUCCAUAAAAUCCGACAAGCAUCUGAUUACGUAGCAGUAUUUUUUUACAGCAAAGAUUGCAAACAAUGCAGUAAGGUACUGAGUGAAAUAGAACACAUUGACGAUGAAGCGGAUCAUGCUGGAAUUAAUUUUGUUAAAAUUGACGAUAAACAAUUAGCUAAAGAAUAUGGAGUAUUUGCAUUACCUGCAAUAUUAUUCUUUAGAAUGGGAUCUAAGGAACCGGUUAUUUAUGCAGGUGACUUAUAUGAUGAAAAUGCAAUUCUCCAAUGGUUAAUGACACAAAAAGAUCCAUCUGGAGAAAUGAUAGAAGCAUUGGAAGGUGAAGAUCUUCUUCAUCUUAUCCGCGAAUCUUCAUCACUAGCCGUAUACUUCUGGAACAGAACGCUUUGUGACAUGUGCCAAUCCAAAACGUUCCGCAAGCAGAUGCGGCACAAACAUCACCAGGAGGUCAAGACUACUGAACAAGCCGAAGUACCAGAAGAAGCUGAUGACAGUGACGAUUGCGAGCAGUGCGCUGGAAUACUUGAAGAAUUGGAAAAUAUCGACGAUGAUUGUGAUCGACAUGGUAUUACUUUUGUUAAAACUCAAGACUAUAAAAUUGCUGAAGACUAUGGAGUAACAGAUUUUCCAGUAUUAGUUUACUUUGAAUCUCAAACACCUAGUGUAUUUGAAGGAGAUCUAGCUGAAGAAGAAGAAGUUCUGCAAUGGCUCAUUACACAACGAACUGAAGACAGAAUUGAAUUGAUAACUCGAGUAAUGUUAGAGGCUUCUGUUGAAGAUACUCAGUAUCUAGCAGUAUAUUUCUGUAAUAUUAAUUGUUUCUGUUUAGACAAAUUAAAUUGUCAUAUUUGUGAUGAAAUCUUGGAAGGACUGGAACGAAUAGAUGAUGAGUGCGAUGUUUUUGGUAUUCAAAUGGUUAAAAUUCAUGACCCUCAAUUGGCUAAAAGAUACUCAAUUAGAACAUUUCCAGCGUUAGUCUAUUUCAGAAACGGCAAUCCAUUACUCUUUGAAGGUGAUUUACAAAGUGAAGAAUCUGUAUUGGAAUGGUUAAUUGAUGACGAUAAUCGCGAAUUAGCAGAUGAAAUCGAGUCUGUUAAUGAGAGAAUGUUGGAGCGUUUAUUCGAUGAAUCACCUUUUCUAGCAGUUUUCUUCUGUAAGUGCACUGCAAUCGGUUAUGAAGCUGCAAUUCGAUUUUCAUUUAUAAAUGUUCAUAAUUCUCGAAACGAUGAAGAUUGUCCAGAAUGUGAUGAAAUAAUGGAAGCUUUGGAAAAAAUAGACGGUGAAGCUGAUCUUUUUGGUAUUGAUUUUGUAAAAAUAGCAAGUCCAGAAGCAGCUGAAAAAUACGGUAUCAUAAACUUACCAUCACUAACAUACUUCCGUAAAAAAACACCUAUCAUAUAUGAUGGUGAUCUUACUCAAGAAGAUAAAAUACUUGCUUGGUUAACAUCACAAGACAUGAACACCACCAUAAAGAAAGUGAAGAAGUAGAUAAAAAAUUAGAAACAAUCGAUGGAGAAACAGAUAAUCUAGAUAUAACGUUUGUGAAAAUGGCGGAUCCACGGUAUGCUAGAAAAUGGGGUGUAACUAAAUUACCAGCUAUUGUAUAUUUCCGUAAACGAUUUCCAAGUAUUUAUCGAGGUGAUCUUCAUAGAGAAGAUGAAGUACUUGAAUGGUUAAGGAAGAAUAGGUUCCGACAACCAGAAUUAAAUAUCUACAUGUACAUGCUAUUAGCAAUCACAAUUCUAUUUGCGUUAUACACGGGCUUUCUUUUGUCUUGUUUUCGAUCAGACCAAGCUCCUACUCCAGCAGCACAUCCAAAACAAGCGUGA